AUGGACGAUGAGCUGAUGCCUAGUGGAACGGCCGGAACCGUGCCGAUGGCAUCACCGAAAUCGUCCGAAUCGCUGCCCAAGCGGUGCAUCAGCUUCAUGUCGAUGGUGGCGCUGUGCGAGAUGCGGCUCAGCGAAACGCUGUGCGACGCGUCGAUCGUGUAUCCGAACGAGGGGCACGAGUUUCCGGUCCAUCGGGUCAUCAUGAGUUCCUGCAGUGACUACUUUCGUACCCUUUUCACGACGUCCCUGCCGAGUGACAAACAGACAGUCACCGUCUCCAGUGUCGAGCCGUUGGUAAUGGCCGAAGUCAUCCGGUACGUGUACUGCCGCGAGUGUAACCUUACCGAGCGCAGCGUGUACGAUGUGUUUGCUGCGGCCGACUUUCUGCUCAUCCGAAGCCUCACCGAGUACUGUGGUCGAUUCCUGGUGGACCACCUGCGGCUGGACAAUUGCGUGGCCAUCAUGCAGUUCGGAAAGCAACGGUCCUCACGCCAGCUGUACGAUGCGGCCAGGAUGUACGUUCUGAAGCAGUUUCCGGUGCUGAUUGGAAGCAACGCCGACACGCUGCUGCAGCUUUCCGGGGAAGAUCUCUGCACGGUGCUGGCCAGUGACCAAUUGAACGUGAGCGACGAAGCCAUCGUCUGGGAGUUUGCCGUCCGGUGGAUCGAUCAGGAUCCGGGUGUCCGAGCGCGCCACCUGGUGCCAUUGAUGAAAACCGUGCGCCUGGGACUACUCAGCACGGAGUACUUUUCGGAGAAGGUGAAACAAAACCCGUACGUGGUGGCCACCGAGGAAGCCAAACCACUCAUCAUCGAUGCGUUGACGUAUCUGUACGAUCUCGAAAUGAUUAGCACCAAAGCGAUUAGGGAGAUGAAAACACCGGCCAUCGGGUUGCCACGGUUGCCGCACGAAGUGAUCUUUACCGUGGGCGGAUGGAGCGAAGGGAUGCCACAGGCGAUAAUCGAAACGUACGAUACGCGAUCGGAUCGGUGGACCCGCAUUCCGACCGAGGAUCCGGCCGGACCGCGGGCGUACUACGGAGCGGCUUACAUCGGUACGCAGCUCUACCUUGUCGGGGGGUUCGAUGGUGUGGAGCACUUCCACACCUGCCGCCGGUUCGAUAUGGUCGAGAAAGUUUGGCACGAGAUUGCUCCGAUGCACUUCCGCCGGUGCUACGUGAGCGUUGUGGCACUCGAUGGCCUGCUGUACGCGAUGGGCGGUUACGAUGGCAGCAACCGCCACAACACGGUCGAACGGUACAAUCCACGCACCAACCAGUGGACGCUGAUCGCACCGAUGGCGGCGAUACGCUCGGACGCGGACGCUUGUGUCUUGGGUGGUCACAUCUACAUCACCGGUGGCUUCAAUGGGUCGGAGUGUCUUAACACGGCGGAAUCGUACGACCCGGCCGCGAACCUUUGGUCCCCGCUGCCGCCGAUGCAUUCGCGCCGAUCGGGAGUCUCCUGUAUGGCCCUGGACGGAGUCGUCUACGCGGUUGGCGGAUUCAAUGGCCUGGUGCGGCUGGUAACCUGCGAGCGCUACGAACCGGCCACACGCGCCUGGGUAGUCUGCGCGAACAUGUGCUAUCCGCGGAGCAACUUUGGCCUGGAGACAAUCGAUGGGCGGCUGUGCGCCAUCGGUGGCUACGAUGGGGCCGGUGGGGUCGCGUACGUCGAGUGCUACGAGCCGGAAACGGAUGAGUGGUGCGAAGCGACCAACCUGAGCAUGUUGCGGUCCGCGUUCCGAGCCGUCACCGUGGCCGACCUGCCAAACGUAGCCGACUAUCUGCACGCGGACAAGGAAAAUUUGUUCAACGAACUGUACCACAACCGACAGCUGUCCGAGGUGAUGGAAUCCGAUUCGACGAGCUCUAUCGAGGACAUUGACUGA